CGAAGUUUCACGAACGGACGAUAUAAUUUUAGACUCGACUUUCCAGUUGCGAGCACGUUUUGCGCAUAAAUUUCACCGAUGGGAAAAUGACGACGUCGAUACAUAAACACGGGAUCUGCAAGACCUCGGAACCUCCGCUAUUAGCAUGACGACGACGACGACGACGACGACGACGAUGUCGAAAUGCUGCACGCUGGAUUUAAUAGGCCGCACACUCUCAACACCGGUUGUCGCAUUGAUUUACUAAUUACCCGCCUUCUACGCUUGAUCGUUAGAUUUUAACGCGCAAACGCCUAACGGUAUCCCGCGUAUUCCCGUAUUAUCGACGAGUUACGUUGCGGCCGUCUCCUAUCAUCGACGACAGGUAUCCCGCUGUGCUAAUUUCACCGAUCGCGUCGGUGCCGUUGAGAUCCUCGAAGCUAUCUAUAAAUGCACCUAUAUUAUAGCUACUAAAGACGUUGUUAAUUAACACAAUCACGAAAUAUAUUUCUAUUUCCAUUCUCCGCGCACGAGAGAAAAAAGCACGAGAUGCUUCUUUCGCGAAAGAGAUUAAUUGAUUGCGAAAAUUCCACUCGCCAAGUAACGAGCGAUAAGUUGAGGAGAUAAACUAGGACAGGAGGAGAGAGAACCGACCGUCUAAAGAUCUUAAGUAAAAAUCAGUCGGCCGAUCAGUCCCGAUAGAAAAUCGACUUGGAGAAGACGCAGCAGAAUGCGAGACCGAAGACGCAACUGCAUCGGGGACGGAAUACACGCAACGCGGUUACAAAAUCUUGUCGCGUAUAGUUGGCACGAUGAUGCGAUAAUGCCGGAGGAAGCAACAGGUGAGCGACGAGCUCUCCGAAACGUUUUAUUGCCCAGGAGAGGCGCAGAGUGACGCGACUACGAUUCUGCAGUUCAAAAUCAACGCGUAACAUCAGCGCACAACGAUACACACAGAAGAUGCCGUGCUCCGCGACGGAAGUCUGCUUAAAAAACGACAGAGGACGACAGUCCGUUUUCUUCACUCAGCAGACGGCAUACUUUAACGAUACGAGAAGCGCGUCCACUUGACGCUACAUCGUCCGCCCGCAUCCGAAGCGCAUCCUUCGCAUGAACAGGAUAAUAUCGGAGGAACGAUUUCGAUAUCGCCGAAGACCAACGGAGAAAGACGAGGACAUUCAGCACCGAACCUGGACGCGACGGACAAGAUCGCCAAGGGUCAACUCCGCCCUCGACGAGGUUUUUUCACGCGGCAAGAGCGCCUCGUCGAGAGACGCUUAAAUAUCCUAGCCGGUCCGCAAGGCCUACGUCGCGGCUGCCCUACCACCGAGCGUAGCUCUGGCACGAGACAGGAUUUCUGCGGGGGCCGAGGACGGACGGCCGUGCUCGGUUCUUGCAGUCGACUUCAAGACCGCGAUGCGGCCGAGCUAACGGUGAAGAGAAGCCGACGCGAGUCGUCCCACGUCCACGCCGCGCUCGUUCCUCGUCGGGAUCCGCGCCCGCGAGCACAGACGACGACCGGAUUUCCGGAGUUUUGUUUUCUUCUAUACUUCUUUCCGUCCCUCCUCCCCCUCCAGGUUUCUUCCCGCUCCCUUUGUUUCUUUCCUGCGUGAGAUGAUCGAUUCGUAGCUCGGGAAAGAGCCGCGUCUCGUGGAUAUUCGCCGCAACAACCCCCGACCUGAGCUCUGUGCACUUGAAGGACCUGAAGGACCUGAAGGACUUAGGCUCGCGCGCCUAAGUUUCGGCGUUUCCUGCAAGGUGCAGCCGAACCUCCCGCUCGGCGCACCAUGGCCCAGACUGCGCACUCGUAGACGACGACACAGGCAACUAUGAACACGAUUUCCACGGAGCUGUUGUUGCUGUUGACGGGAGCGUUCGUCGUCGUGGCGGCGACGUCCGCUUGCCCGUGGGCGCAGCACGUGGUGGACCUUGAGAGCUCCUGCAUCUGCGACUACAACCUGGCGCGCGAGCUCUCGGUGCAGUGCGACGUGGUGGACUACGAGCUACUGCUGUCGGCGAUGCGACGUUUCGCCGCCAAGACGUCUGUCGAUCUCUUCUACAUCAACAACAGUACGAUCGGCGUGUUGAGGAACGGCUCGUUCGCCGCCCUGAAGAUCAACAACAUACAACUAUCCGGUUGCCACAUCGGCACUAUCGAACCCGAGGCCUUUAAGGGCCAGGAGAACCAUCUGAGGAGUCUGAAUCUCAAGGACAAUGAACUUGCGGAGAUACCCAGCAUCAAUCUGAAGAGCCUGAGGAACCUGACUGUGCUGGACCUCUCGAUGAACAGGAUCACUAGGGUGAACGAGAACGCCUUCGCUGGCACCAAGCUGAUCACGUUGAAACUCUCCGAUAACGAGGUCACUCUCGCCGCCGGGUCGUUCCGCGGCUUGGAGAGGACACUGAAGAACCUCAAUCUCAAAGGCACGCGGCAGAAGAAGGUACCAGACGCGCUCAGGGGUCUCAGCACUUUGGCCUUCCUCGAUCUCUCGCAGAAUAGCAUACGCGAACUACCUGGCACUUCUGGCACAAAAGCCUUCGAAGGUCUCGAUUCUCUCACGGGACUGAAUCUCGAGAGGAAUCUCAUACAGAGUAUCGGCCCAGACGCGUUCUUCGGUAUCAAGAACACCCUGAGUUCCUUGAGUUUGUUGAACAACCUCAUUCCGGAUUUUCCGACGGCUGCCAUCAACAGCGUCUAUGAUCUCAGAGUACUGGACAUCGGCUUCAACCUGAUCACUGAACUACCGGUCAAUGCCUUUCAAAGGAACCCGUCGAUUACUCUGCUAGCGAUCGACGGUAACCCGUUGUCCACAGUACCGGAAGAAGCUCUCGCUCGACUGAACGGUACCCUGCGCGGCCUGAGUCUGGGAGGGCGGUUCCUCAUUUGCGACUGUAGGCUACGCUGGAUCGUCGAAUGGAUCAAGACAAGGGACCUGCAGGUCACCAGCCGCGAGCGAAAGCCGCAAUUCUGCGGCAGCCCGCACAGGUUGCAAGACAAAAGUUUCUACAACAUCGACCCCAACGAUAUGAACUGCGAACGACCACCCGAGAUUGUCGGGAUAGGAACGGUAGAGAGCGUGGACACGAGAGAACCAACGGAGACUAUAGUCGGAGACGUCGGUAGCUUUCCUCCGACGGCUCGAUCGACCACUUCCACGACCGAGAUGAUCACGAGCACAACCUUCUCUACUACCACAGUAACGGUAUCGUCAUCAACCGAGGAGAGAAGAACGGCACCACCACCGGUGCCGCCUUCCACUUUCAUCCCUACGAGUCGACCGACAGCUGCACGAACCGGAAACGUCGUGAUCAUGAGGACUACCCCAUCGCCGCCGAAACAGCCGCAGGACCAGAUGCAACAACAUCAACCAAGGCCACCGCUGGUUCUAGGAUCACCCUUGUAUAAGUCAAAAUCGGGCGAGAAGGACAUCGUGGUCAAAGAUGUGCUCAGGCAAGACAACGCAGUUAUUAUAUACUGGGAUACCGAGGCGACCAACAUCCUGGGCUUCAGGGUGAUCUACCGACUGUUCGGGGACAACAAUUUCAAGCAGGCGCCACCGCUCGAGGCCAGCGAGCGAGAGUUCAAGAUCAAAAACGUGCCGUCGCAGGAGUGCAUCGUUGUUUGCGUGGUCUCGCUGGAGGAGACCAACAUCACGCCAGCGAAUGUGCCGUACAACCAAUGUCGCGAAGUCAGGACGGAGAACUCGCCGACCUCGAACAUGGACAAGAUCACGAUCGCCGCGAGCGCGGCGAUCUGCGCCACGAUCGUCGUCGCGGUCAUCAUCUUUGUGGUGGCGAACCGACGUCGCGCUCGGAAGCUGCACACUUUGCACAGCAUCGACCAGACGAAGAUGGGCGGCCCGAUCGCCGGUCUGCCUGUCAACUGCUGUUCGAACGUGGGCCCGACACCCAGUCCCGGUGGACCCCUGUCGUCGAUGGCCACCUUGAGCGCCUACAACACUCAGAAAGAGUGGGACCAGGUGUCAGCUUACAGCAACAGGAGCAUACCGCGGCCAAGGAUCUUCCCGAUAGAUCGGCAAGGGUCGAUCACCAGGGCGUCCUGCAUCGACGACGUGCGCUCCCAAGCCGGACACUACAGCGGUAAAGUAUCUACUCGGUCGAUCGCCGACGGCCAGUCUCAGCACAGUUUCUCCAACAACUCCACGCGGUAUUUCGCCAACGCUGCGUUAGCUUCCAACCUCGUCAACACGAGACCAGAAUUGCGACAAUCGCGCCAGUCGCUCGCAGCCGCCUCGGAUCGAAUGUCCCGGUCAAAUUUCUCCACCAACCACUUGCCACCGCAUUCGUCGGCCAGGCGGCAACGACCUCGUUCACGCAACCGCACCCUGGAGCCGAACCCGCCGCGACCCGGCAGCCGAUACAGCCUGGCGGACUCCACGCAUACCCUCAACAACUAUGACGAGAACAACUGGACCGAUCACGACAUGGACAUCUACAUGGCUCGCAACCCUACCACGAGGAGCGGUCUCGUGCCACUGUAAAGUUUGGCGCGUCGAGACACGGUGGUCUCGAGAUCUCGUCGUUCAUUCUUGCUCAAGCAUGUUCAGUGAGAUACCUGGUCCAAGUCGCGACUGUUCUCGUCCGCAUGACGUUCUAAGCUGAAGAGACGCCUAGCAAAGUCUAAAUAAUCUCAACGACCGCUCUGAUUGUGAGGACAGAAAGUCUCGAAACGCGUCGAGUGUCAAGAAAACGUUCAUUACAAUGGCGAUCACGUAUCUUUGUACGACUUUGUAUCAAAUAAGUCAAGUGCUGAAGCACUUACUCUAUUGUUAGAAUUUUUAGAUAGGUAGGUAGAUCGAUAUAGAUAGAUAGAUUCAAUAUUUCGAGCAAACAUCUCUUCGACGCUUAACAAUUCGAAGAUUGCCUGGCUCCGUUCGCGACCAUCGAUCGCUGACACUGCGACAGACGUUACUGUGUAACGCUUGCGCGAAUAUGCGAUCAACGUGAACGUAAGCAUCAGGUCGAGAACUGGCCUUAGAUAUAUGUACAUCCCUGUGUAGCAAACCCUAAGCAAACCCUACGUAAGUGUACUCUACUUCAUUACCGGAUCGUCGACGAAGCGGGCGAGCCGACAGCGCGCUUUCGGCAGGCUCGAGUUUCGACACGAUUCCCGGACCAAUCGUGGCGCGACACUUCGCACGACGGACUCGGCGAUUCUACCCAAAGACUGCGACGUCGAAGUGUCUGUCUUCGAAGAAACGCCACCGCGCGACCAAGCGUACCGACAUACCCUGAGAACGACGUCAUUCUCGAUCGCACGUUCGGCGAGACGAGAUACUUUUCAGGAGCCUCCCUUGACUCUACUUUAUUUUAUAACAUAUAUACUCGCACACGUCGUAUUCGCUUGUGCGCGCGUCGCCAUUGAUGGCGAGAACAAUUCUCGUCGUCUCUGACGCACUGACGACAAAUAAAGAGACCUUCGC